UGCUGAGCCCUUGGGAAAGACAGGAGCAGAUUCUGGGAUGUCCUAACCCAUCUGUGACCCCCGGCGGGGGUGGCUGAGUGUGCUGGCUGGAGGCCUCCCUUCCUGUUUCAGGAGUAGCUGAGGGCCACCCUGGAGGCCUGCAGGAUGGAGGGGGCGAGUAAGGAGAAGCCAGCCUCUGUGUCCAGUCUGGUGACUGUGUUUGAGAACAGCAGGAGUCUGGGAGCAGCGCCCAGAGCCCAUGGACUGGAAUCUGAGCAUCACCGCCUUGAGUGCAGGCCUCCCUCGCCCGCAGAGCCAGGGGAGGAGCCCGACAUGGGGGAGGCCCUGGGGUCAGGGCCCAGGACGGUCAGCAGGAGGUACCUGAGCUCCCUGAAGAACAAGCUGUCCAGCGGGGCCUGGAGGAAAUCUUGCCAGCCAGAGACCAGCCCCGGGCCAGGGAUGCAGGAGCCGGAGGAGAAGAGGAUCGUCCAGGAGCUGCUGGAAACCGAGAAGGCCUACGUGGCACGCCUCCACCUGCUGGACCAGGUGUUCUUCCAGGAGCUGCUGAAGGAGGCCCGCAGCGGCAAGGCCUUCCCCGAGGACGUGGUCAGGCUCAUCUUCUCCAACAUCUCCUCCAUCUACCAGUUCCACUCACAGUUCUUCCUCCCGGAGCUGCAGCGGCGGCUGGACGACUGGUCGGCCACCCCCCGCAUCGGUGAUGUGAUCCAGAAACUGGCCCCCUUCCUGAAGAUGUACAGUGAGUAUGUCAAGAACUUUGAGCGAGCCGCUGAGCUGCUGGCCACCUGGACGGACAAGUCUGCACCCUUCCAGGAGGUUAUCACCCGCAUUCAGAGCAGCGAGGCCUCGGGCAGCCUGACACUGCAGCACCACAUGCUGGAACCCGUCCAGAGAAUUCCACGCUACGAGCUGCUGCUCAAGGAGUACGUCCAGAAGCUGCCAGCCCAGGCCCCAGACCGGGCUGAUGCCCAGAAAGCCCUGGACAUGAUCUUCUCGGCCGCCCAGCACUCCAACGCAGCCAUCACUGAGAUGGAGCGGCUGCAGGACCUGUGGGAGGUGUACCAGCGCCUGGGCCUCGAGGAUGACAUGGUAGACCCCUCCAACGCUCUGCUCCGCGAGGGGCCAGUUCUCAAGAUCUCCUUCCGCCGCAGCGACCCCAUGGAGCGCUACCUUUUCUUGUUCAACAACAUGCUGCUCUACUGUGUACCCAGGGUCAUCCAGAUGGGCGCUCAGUUCCAGGUGAGGACCCGCAUCGACGUGGCCGGGAUGAAGGUGCGGGAGGUGACGAAUGCCGAGUUCCCCCACUCUUUCCUGGUGUCCGGGAAGCAGCGCACCCUGGAGCUGCAAGCCCGGUCCCAGGAGGAAAUGAUUUCCUGGAUGCAGGCCUGCCAAGCAGCCAUUCACCAGAUUGAGAAGCGGAACGAAACCUUCAAGGCUGCUGCCCAGGGCCCUGAGGGAGACACCCAGGAGCGGGAGCUGCAGUCGGAGGAGCUGGGCCUCCGGGCACCACAGUGGAUCCGGGACAAGAUGGUGACCAUGUGCAUGCGCUGCCAGGAGCCCUUCAACGCCCUGAUGCGCCGUCGGCACCAUUGCCGGGCCUGCGGCUACGUGGUGUGUGCCAGGUGCUCUGACUACCGGGCCGAGCUCAAAUAUGACGGCAACAGGCCCAACCGAGUCUGCCUCGACUGCUACACGUUCCUCACGGGAAACGUGCUCCCCGAGGACAAGGAGGACAAGAAGCGGGGCAUCCUGGUGAAAGCGUCCAUGGCAGGGUCCGAGCAGAGCCUAAUGUGCAGCUUCUUGCAGCUUGUUGGGGACAAGUGGGGCAAGGCUGGCCCCCGGGGCUGGUGUGUGAUCCCCCGGGACGACCCCCUCGUGCUCUAUGUGUACGCUGCCCCUCAGGACAUGCGGGCUCACACCUCCAUCCCCCUGCUGGGCUACCAGGUGACCUCUGGGCCCCAGGCGGACCCUCGGGUCUUCCAGCUGCAACAGUCAGGCCAGCUCUACACCUUCAAGGCCGAAACCGAGGAGCUGAGGGGCCGCUGGGUGAAGGCCAUGGAGCGUGCGGCCAGCGGCGGGGUCCCCCAGGGGCCCAACAACGGGGACCUCUCUGACUGAACCACAGCCGGCCACCAUCCUGCUCAGAGCCCGGCUCCUGCCAGGGGCUGCCCCUGUGGCCUCUGUGACCCGCCACUCCAAGCUGAGCUUUCAAAUAAUCGAUUUCCAGUCACCUGUGCCCAGACUGUGUGUCCUGGCUUGGGAUUCAUUCCUUUGGCAAAGGGGGCGGCGAAGCGUCCUGGUUUGCCCAGGGCUGAGGGGGCUCCUGGGACGUGGGGCUUUCAGUGCUAAAACUGGGAAAGUCCCAGGUAACGCAGGACUGUUGGUCACCCCCGCGCGGUUCUCAGCCUGGGCUACACAUUAGUAUGUCCUGGGGAGUCUAAAAAACUCCCAUGAAAAAAUAAAUAUAAAAAUAA